UUCGCCGCUUCAUCAAACGAACCUAAUCAUGUCAUACUCACACACUCCCUUAGCUCAAUCCAAAGUCUUCAAAAAAUUCACACCAUAAAUCCAUUAGUAAUCAAAAUCCAGCAACAACUGCAACACAUACAAGACAACAACAAAAAAUAGUAUUCUGUUGGAUCCCCUCACACAUUGGAAUAAAAGGAAACGAAAAGGCAGACCUGACCGCUAAGGAAGCUGUAACUAUUGAUAGUGCGGAGUGCGUGAACUUUUUAACUACUACCGAUAUUAAACAAUUCUAAAGCGUAAAGCGUUUAAUGAAUGGGAGAACAAUUGGUCAACAUCCAUCAUAAACUUCAUGAAGUGAAAGACUCAGUAAAACCAUGGUUAAUACUACCGAAAAAUCACAGAGAUGAAGUUCUUCUAACACGUCUGCGUAUAGGCCAUACGCGACUGUCGCAUAGCUACUUAUUUGAUGCGAAACCUGAACCAAAAUGUAGCAACUGCAAUUGCAAAUUGACUAUAAAACACAUAAUCGCAGAAUGUCUGUCUCUUAACUCAGAAAGAUCAUCAUCAAAUCUACCACUCGGAACAAUACGUGAAAUUUUAGGACCAAAAUACAAUAUUACUUACCUUAAAAAUUUCCUUAAGCAGAUCUCUAUCAUAAAUUUAAUUCAAAAAAAAAGAAAAACAUUCUUCGAAUAACUGAGACAAACGUUUUCAGAAAAUAAGUUGCGAAAUAGAAAGGGAACGCAGACAUAGGACAAGAAUAGCUAGAGGUUAACGCCCUUUGGAUCGGGAAACAAAUAACUAGAUAUCUAAACAUCCACUGAAAACUGACUUGAAAACUACUAGUGAGAGUUUUAUGAUGAAGAAAAACACAGUUCACAUGUUCUACGAAUUCAUAAAUCAAAAAAGUUUUCAUUGUACCUCAUUUUCGGGUUUGAAAAAUAUGAUGUUGAGAGUUCAGUUUUUUGUUUGAUUUGCAACGAUAAUAAUUCCCUCAAAAGAAAAUGUUCGUAAGAAAUAUGUGCAUCAUAUCGUUAUCUGAAUUCAGUUUUGAUUUUGUGAUUAAAUAUAAUGAAGAGUCAGAGACAAUAAUUUUUCAUCAGAAAGAGAAUUAAAUGCACAUCAGAAUCCACACCACACGUAUUAUUUGUUCAUAUUGUCCCCCUUGAAAAAAAAUCUAUGUUCUUCUCAGAUGUUACAAAUAUUUUACUUCAUUUUGAAAGGGUGAAUAAUAGUACGAGACUAUCAAUGAAAUGAAUUUGACUAGGUCACUGUUGUAUAUUUGAUGUUCAAGCAAACGGAUGAAUUUUUAUAGCAGGGAUUAUGAUAUAAGGUUUAAAAAAAUUGUCCACUCUGUUUUCAUAUAUGUAUCAAUUUUCCAAAGUGAUUAUUAACCUUGUUCGGGUAUUCAUGUUGUUCAUUAUGUUAACUUUAAAUUGACCAUGAAUAUUUUAAUGACGGUAUCAACCUUUUACCUCAGCAUUUUCCAAACAUUAAAAUGAUGUUGAUCAGAAUACAUUCAUAAAAAUAAGAAUUUAUAAAUUUUGAAAUGAUAGUAUGGACGGUUUUAGGUGUGUUGCAAUUAGUGAGUGGCGAAAGAUCAGUAGCUAUUGUUAAUGGAUUUUAUAAACCUAGUGAACCUAGAUUAGGAGAAUUUCCAUUCCAAGCAAGUUUAAUGCUUCGUAGAAAUAAAACAACCACCACUUUUUGCGGAGGAAGCUUAAUACAUGUCGAAUGGAUUCUAACUGCUGCUCAUUGUUUGGAAAAUGAUGGUCAGCCAUUACCUAUUAAUUCUGUGCAGGUGGCGUUAGGUAGUGUUUAUACGAAUGGUAAAAAUGCUCAAAAAAUUCCAGCACGAAGUUUUUAUAUAAACAAAAAAUAUUUUGAAACCGAUGGAGGCUAUGAUAUCGGAUUGGUGAAGCUGAAAUCGAAUGCAAAAUUAGGAAGAUAUAUCCAAUUAAUUAAACUACACACUAAUAACGGAGAAUCUUUAAUUGGUACAACUGCUUUCCUAACAGGUUUUGGUAUAAUUGAUGAUAAUUAUCAUCAGCCAGAAACAUUGAGGAAAGCCAUCCUUCACAUUGAUUCCCCGAGCAAAUGCUUCAUGAAUUCAGCAAAAUCCAAUGAAAUUUGUUGCACCUCUACUAUCUCGGAAGGAAAAGCGUGUAAAGGAGAUAGUGGAGGACCACUUACGAUAAUAAGAAACAGAAAAUAUCUUCAAGUUGGUAUCACCAGUCAUUUAUCGAUUUUACCCCUCUGCAAAAUAUCUUUCAACAAUUCCAUUUAUACAAGAGUGUCGGCUUACAUCAACUGGAUUUCCAAAGUUACUGGUAUUGAUUUCACAAAAUUCAAUCAGAAUUAGUGUAUAUAUAAUAAUAUUGGAAUUAUAAUUGGAAAAGGUUUAACUGGACCAUUCACAUUCAUCUCCACUACCGACUAAAUAAUGUAUAACCAUUUUGAAGUGUGUAAUUUGCUUCCAGGAAGUUAUAAUUUACAUCAAGAAAAAACCUUAGCAUUACUAAAUUUUAUGAUUUGUUUUUUCUAACCAAGAGAUGUCAUUAAUUAAAUUCCAUCAUCUCAAAAUGUUAACAUAACAUCCUGAUUCAUCAAGUACCAAUCUAGAACUAGUUAUUUUGAAGGUUACAUGGUAAAUUCAAGUUUAUAUAAAUAAUAAUCACGCAUUCUGCUUAUAAUAUAUUUUACGCAGUAAAAGUGAAACAGGAGAAUAUCGAUUAACAUUGGAAAGAUAAAUGAAUUGCAAAAACAGCUACUAUAAUAUGAUGAAUGCUCCCAGGCAUUUAGAAUUUAGCAACAGAAUGUUAAAAUAUUAUCAAAUUUGGAAAUGCGCUCUUCUUUAUAAGUAGUAUUCAAAUAUUUCAUCAUUUCCAAAAUUUCAUGAGUGAGACUACUGAACUAUGGAUUGAAUUCAAUUUAGAAAAUGUAAUUGCGUUUUCAUUAACAAUUAGUGUAAUUAGGUUUUGACAAUCCAGAUUAAUUUGUGAAAUUGUACUAUAGAAUAAAAUGCAAUUAUUUAAAGGGAAUUAUUUGUUUUUAAUUUUGUUGUAAAAUAUUUAUUGCAUUAUUAUAUUAUAUCUUUGAUCAUCGUCUGAAUCAACAGUUCCAAAAAGCCACUUAGCUAUUUUUCUUACAGCAUUUUUUAAUCCUCUUUUUUAUCUAAUAUGUGGAUAAAUGUUUUCUGAUUCCUCAUCUAAAGUAUUAAUUGAAAUUUUUGUUCUUUUCAUUAUUUGUUCAGCUAGGUGAUGGUACGAAAUAGGAUUUGUUGCGUUUGCUUAUAUCAAAGUGUUUCUUAAAUUAUAAAAAUAUUUUUUUAAAUUUUAUAUUUGCUUACUAAUUUCUUUUAAAUCUGUGUAACAUAUGUAAAUAUAUUUAGUGUAUAUAGGUAUCAUAAUCCUAAAUUAAUGGGUAAUAAUGGGUUAUUUAUUUGUGUUAUUUGUACAUCUUCCAUCUCGAUUUUUUGAUAGAAUAUUAGGAGUAUUAUUAGUAUUGCCAGCUUCAUUAUUCUGUAACAAUUUUUCUGAAUUAACUUUAGAUUUUCUAAUUAUAUUCUUAUGAUAUGUUUCUCUAUCUGUUUCCAAAGGUAUACCAGUCUUUUAAAAUUUCAGUCUUUUUAAACUUGGAUAAUAUUUUGUGUCUAAAUUUUGUUCUAAUAUAUACCUACUAUGGUUUGACGGUGAAUCAGUUCUAUCUUUAUUUCUUUUAUAAAUUAUUUUUCCUUCAACUUCAUCAUUUCUAUCUCUAAUUUUGUCAUAUAAUAAUUUUGUAACUACUUUAUGAUUUUGCGAAUAUUACUAAACGAUCAUCUAAAUCAAAAGGAUCUGAAUUAUUUAUAUGACUUUUAAUUAUUUCUGAGAGUAUUAAUUGAGUAACGGAAUGAAUAGAAUAAUUAUACGAUAGAAUUGAAUAUUUCUUCAGGUGAUCAUGUGUUAGAUCUUUAAUAAUUUUUCUUGAACAACGAAAAUGAUCAAUUAAACUAGAAUGAAAUCUUUCAACAGAUGAAUUUGAGUUACUAUUUUUUGCGGUAAUAUAAUGUAAUUCAAUUUUAUAUAAUUUACAAAAGUCUUGAGGUAAUCAGCUGUUAUUUCAUACGGUAGACUGUGAUGAGUGAUGUAAUUUAAGAAGUUAUCAACAACAAAAAUUCCGUUUAUACUUGAUAUAAAAUAUACCUGACCGUUUCGUGAAAAUGUGUCAAUUAUUGUUAAAAAUAUCAAUGAUUUUCUAUUUUAAAAAUAUCAAUAUGUAUGUGAUCAAAUGAUUUAUUAGCUGUUUAUUGUUUAGGGUCAAUGAAUUCUUUUAUAAAUUGAAUUAUGUUUUGUACUAGUUAAUUUACUUAUGUCUGUUUUUUGAAUUGUUUUAUUUAUAUUACGCCAAUUAUAAGUUUUAUUUGUAUUACAUUGAUUAUAAUUGUUUAUAUUAUUUUCUCCUUUUUUAUUUGUUACUCCGGUUAAAUGAACAAAAUUAUGAAUUUCCAAAAGUAUCUUAAUUGUUCUAUGUAUUAUACUUAUUUUGAUUCUUAUUGGUUAUAAAUCUUAUCUAUACUUAUAACAUAAUAAAAGAGAAAGAAGUUUUUAUUAUAAAAAUCCAUUUUAUAAUUUAUUGAGUUGCGUACCACUUCAAGGAAUGAUAAUAAAUAAUUAUGUUUCCAAAA